AUGCAGGCUGCUACGGACAAUCCCCUCCUACGUGGAUUGCUAUCCUCAAUUUCCCCGGGAUGGUUUCAGAAAUACAACGACGACGAGCCUCCAGCACCCGCUUCAUCGGACGAGGCCGGCAUACAGAGCCACGGCGGCCGGAGGGCCACCCUCGCCUCACUACCACCAGAGCUCCAUCACAUGAUUGCCUCGCAUCUGACUUACCCGGACCUCUUGUCGCUCAAGCUCACGGACAAAUACUUCUCCGACCUGGUGACUCCCAAGCUCCACGUCAGAGCGCGCGUUCACUGGGUCCAGAGCCGGCACGCACAACGCCUCCCCGUGCCGAUGAGCACGAAGCUGUCUUUCAGAUCGGACGCCCUGUUCGUCGCAAACGCCGAGGUCAAGACAAUCUUGAGGCGCAGGAGGCGGCACUUGGAAUGCCUCGACUACGACCGGGACAGGGCCGACGGGAAGAAGACGUCCGAGAACCCUGCCAUCGCUGCUUUGGACAUGGACGGCGGGGCCAUGCAGAACGCGCACGUCCUAGUCAAGGCGUCGGAGAGGAUCCGGCCUUCGGGGAGCAAAGCCUGCCUGGUCACCGGGGAAGAGGUUUGCCCUAGGGUCAGGGAGACGGAACUGGCCAAGCAGCGGUACGAGGGCAGUGUGAUGGGCAAGUUGUGCGCGAAUGGGCGACAAGUCGCGUGGUGUGCAAGAGUAGCUUGGUGGUGGUUGGAAGGAUGGUGGCAAGCCAUCAUUCGAUCUCUGAGGCGGCGACGUCAGGAAGCAUGA